AUGGCAGACCUUGGGAAAUGCCACAUUUGGCUCAACUAUGGGAGUUCUGGAGGCAGAGGUACAAUCAGAUCAGCUGUGAACAGCUUACAUAGCAAAUCUAAUAGAGCCGAAGUAGUAAUAAAUGACUCUUCGUCUCCAGCUGUUGUUGACAGAAGUAAUGAAAGCAUUAAGCACAACAUUAAACCAGCCUCACCCAAAUGGAGACACAACCAGACACUCUCUUUGAAGAUCAGGAAACAGAUCUUGAAGUUCCUGGAUGCAGAGAAGGACAUUUCGGUGCUGAAGGGGACGCUGAAGCCAGGGGACAUCAUCCACUAUGUCUUUGACAGGGACAGCACCAUGAAUGUCUCCCAGAACCUGUAUGAGCUGCUGCCCCGCACCUCCCCCCCCCAGGGCAAGCAGUUCCCCACCUGUGCCAUUGUGGGCAACUCGGGGGUCCUGCUCAGCAGCGGCUGCGGCCCCGAGAUCGAUGCACACAGCUUCGUGAUCAGGUGCAACCUGGCCCCUGUCCAGGAGUACUCGCAGGACGUGGGCUUGAAGACAGACCUGGUGACUAUGAACCCCUCAGUCAUCCAACGGGCCUUCGAGGACCUGGUGAAUGAGACUUGGAGGGAGAAGCUGCUGCAGCGCCUGCACAGCCUGAACGGCAGCAUCCUCUGGAUCCCGGCAUUCAUGGCCAAGGGGGGCAAGGAGCGAGUGGAGUGGGUGAACGAGCUCAUCCUGAAGCAUCACAUCAACGUCAGGACUGCCUACCCCUCCCUGCGCCUGCUCCAUGCUGUCCGAGGGUACUGGCUAACAAACAAGGUGCACAUCAAGCGACCCACCACCGGCCUCCUCAUGUACACCUUAGCCACUCGAUUCUGCAACCAGAUCUAUCUCUACGGCUUCUGGCCCUUUCCCCUGGACCAGAACCAGAACCCGGUCAAGUACCACUACUACGACAGUCUCAAGUAUGGCUACACCUCGCAGGCCAGCCCGCACACCAUGCCCUUGGAGUUCAAAGCCUUAAAGACGCUGCACCAGCAGGGAGCCUUGAAGCUGACAGUGGGGGAGUGCGAUGGGGCCACGUAGGGUGGUCCCUGGGCGUGUUCCUGCACAGCCACGGGAGGAAGGGGAGGGGGAUAAAAAAGGACGAGUGGUACCUGGUGGGGUUGGUUGUCUUUGUUAAUGCGCAGAACAGCGACACAAAUAUAUAUACGUGGUACCUAUAUAUAUUGACCUGAGUAUUAUAACUGUUUGGUGUUCGCCAAGGAAGGGGCAGGAGAGAUGCGGGAGCAUCUGGCGUGACUGGCCCGGGCAAGACCCCCUCACCGUGGGCUUGCUGGGCUGGGCAGGGCAUUCGAGCCACGUCCGAAAGGUGUGAAGGUGGCCUUGGUUUUUGAGGGUAUGUUAGGUGAUGGGUUAAACGUUAAGCCGUUUGUCGUGACUG